UGUUCACACCUCUAAUACAUGCAUCUCAUCUUUUGCAGCUGCAUCUUUUAUGUUGAAAAGCAGUUUGUGGCAACCUCCUAUUAAUGGAUGAUGAAUGUGGCAGUGCAAAGACUGCAGUCUCCAAUUAGCUAGCAGAUUAAAGGUGUUCCACAAUGGCAUGUCCGGCUGUCCUGCGGAUCAUUUUUGGUGACGCGUCUGACUCUAGAAAACUGCACUUACCUCAUGGAAUUCCGGUAUCAGUGGAAGAACUACAUGUACUAAUAAAGACUUUCUUUCAAUUGAAAGAGGAUUUCCGGAUGCAGUACAUGGAUUGUGAUUUUAAUGAGUUCAUCAAUCUAACUUCAGUGUCUGACAUUCAAAACAAAAGCACACUGAAAAUAAUCAGUAAUCCCAUCUUUUCACCUGUGGAGCCCUGCAUCACUUUGUACACAGUAGACUCUUUUGGUGAGACUUCGGCAAACACUUGCUCAGAGCCUGAAACUCCUGUUUCCUCAGUAGCCAAUAGCCAAUCAUCCUGCAGUGACGAUACGCUGUACACAUCAACACCGCAUUCAUCCCCAGAAACUCUGUCCUCACGAUUGGCCUCCUGGCCAACGGUUUUUCUAGUCCCUAAAUUCACCUAUGAAGCUGAAUUUGAACUACAACAGAAAAACACAGAGUUUGAGACCAAUGGAACAUGCUUCAACCCUGGCCCAAAGCUAAAAGGGGUCAUCCUUGAUGGUCUUGCGCAAGAAAUGAUGAAAUACACAAAGUAUCCAAAAGACUAUCAGUGUGAAGAGGUAGCAGCAGCUUUGACAAGGGCCCAUCCAUGUCUGGGGCAGCUGGGAUCCAAGACAGGAUUUUGGGGAUGGAAACAGUCGCUUAAGUAUAAAAUGCAAAACUUCCGUACGAAACUUGGCCGACUUGGACAUCCUGAAAUCCGUGUGAACUCUUUGAAACACAAACGAGAGGGCCACGGUAAAGCUGCAGCCAACAUCAAGAAGCCUAGAAAGGCUGAAGUUAACUAUAUUCCUUUGCACCCAAAAGGCGAGACCACAGAAAGCUUGGAGAAUGAGAGAAUUUCUUUAUUGUCAGAGCUGAAAAAGCGUGACAAUGAAGUAGUGAUAAAAGAAAAAAUGGGAAAAACCUUCUCCCACAGACGACUAGAGAUUGUGGAGCAGAGGCCCCUGAUAGAAGAUUUCAUAAACAGAUGGCCUGCCUUAUUCCAGGAAAGUGAAGUAAAUGCAGAGUUUAUGAGGAUCACCACCAAGCCCCUGCAGUCAAAGUUCAUGUCACAGCUGGACCACUUCUCAAACAAGCUGAUGCAGAUCUUCAAGAGCAGAGGAGGAGUGAAGGGGCAGAAGAUUAAGGAAGUCCUCUCUAUCACAGAUUCGUGUGACAUCAACACCAAAAGGGAGUGUAUCCUGAGAUGCCUCAUCAUCUACCUCAAUGAAGAUCCAGACACGUUCUUCAAAGAAUAUCUGGAACAGGCGACCGAGGAUGCAGAAAGGGACCUAGCAACCACGGUCAUGGGCAUUUAUGUAAUCCGAAGCGAUGGGAAUCAAGAACCUGAAGAUGUUGGAGUUGUAAUUGAAGGCAUCAAAGUCCUGAGCAACUUAGGCAGCGUCAUCAUGGGCUUCGCAAUGCUUUUUGGGCUCAUUUAUGCCCUUGAUCUGAGUUUUCCAGACAACCUCAAAUACACCUUUGAGUUUUUCCAGAAGAUCAUAAUGAAUUUGGAUGGGCACAAGCUGAAUGCAAAGACACAACAGUUGAAAAUCAAGCUGUUUGCAUAAGAGGACAAAACCAUUGAUGGAGGGUUUAAGACAGAUUACUUGGGCUUGGACAAGUGUGUACACCCAGACAAUUUGCCCAUUUCACCUCUCCAUCAUAAUUUCUUCACUCUACCUCCUCCAUACUAUUCCUCUCUACUUAUUUGACUUCAUGACUGUCGAGAGAUAUUCUAAUUGAUCUAAAAACUGCUCAAAUGCGCUCUCUUGGAUUGUUAGUGGCCAAAUUACAACAUCUGAAACAUCUGUUUGCAUAAGAGGACAAAACCAUGUGAUGAUCUCCUUUGAUUGAGGGUUUAAGACAGAUUAUUUGGGAUUGGACAAGUGUUUACACCCAUAAAGUUUGCCCAUUUCACCUCUCCAUCAUAAUUUCUUGACUCUUAUACUUAUUUGACUUCAUGACUCAAGAUGGAUUGAAAUUGAUCUAAAAACAGCUUAACAAUUUUUCUUUUAUUGCAAAUAGCCAGAAGUAUUUUUUAUGUUGCAAGUGACAUUUACGUUAAGUUACAGUAAAAUGUCUUCCUUGCGGUUUAUAAUGACUUUGAAUGUUUUGUGAUAAAUUUUUUUUAUUUUAUUUUGCUAGUCUUAACCGUGCUCAAACACUUGUUUUUGUUACCACCUGCAACAACCACCAAGGCUCUUUUUACUGUAAAUGUACAGUAGUGUGGAAUUUGCCAUAGCCUAUUGCUUUUUUCUUUCCCUUUAUGUAAAUGAUCGUUUAAGACAAGCAACUGCAUAUACAGUUUUUUUUGCAGUGCAUUCUAACCAGCUAUAGUGUCUUUAUUGUUGAUGUUUAGGAUAGCUGGGCAUUCAUUGUUUACCAGUAUACUGUUCAUUCAAGUUAAUAUACUUGUGUUUUAUCAAGUAAAAAAAGUUAAAUGUCUUGAUUUGAUAUUUUUUAUCGAAAUAUGCU